AUAUGGAUAAAGCUAAUAAACAUGUUACAUCUUAUUGUCAAUCUCAUCUAGCUAGUUCAACAUGGCUCUUUAGAAUGAUAGUUAUAAGAAAAAAUAGAUCAGGUAAGACUAAUAUCUUAACAAAUCUUUUUCUUGAUGAUAAAGCUGAAUACAUAUAUAAAAGAAAAAAAGGUGAUAGGAAAUAUAUUUUUUGUGAUGAUUUAAUAGUUUGUGGUUAUCAUCCUGACAAGCCAAAAUAG